AUGGCUUUCACCGAUGCCGAGAAGCAAAAAAGUUUCGACAAAGAAAUCAACGAACUCAUUUCUUCUCUCACAAAUUGCGUAUCGAGCAUUCCGAAAAAUGGAGGUGAUUCAACUCAGGAUGAUGAUGGAUUCAGGAUGAUCACUUUGUCCGGAACCAACCUGGGAGCCAACAUGCGCGGUGAGAUGGACGAGAAACCUACCGGCCCUCAAGGUGUUGAACUAGGAGACACCGAAGAGUUGACUGCAUAUGUGAACAAUAAUUUUCAGGCUUCUAACAAUUCAAUAAUGCUGGGUGGUAGUUUUAAUACGAAGGAUCCAGGUGUUCAUUUGGACAUAUCGGAGUACGUGGAUCACAAUGCACAUCACCUCAAGCGUGGGAAGAAGGGCGAAAAGGGAGGAUCCGAAAGUGACCAUCACAAUGAACAUUAUUCAGACUAG